AUGACAGGUGAUGCAACUUGCGAAAGUGACCCCCUUUGGUUUCAGGUCAAGAAGAAACUCUAUGUGUUCCUCCGCGUCGCCAGACAACAAAGGCUCGAUAUUGCUCGGGCAGCAAGCGUGGCUGAAGGUGUUGGAACAGAGGAUCUUGAUCGAUGCCCUUAUGGCUCUCUGAGCAUUUCGCUUUUCCUUCACGUGGUCUUGUCAUGGUCACAGACCUUGCGGAUGCAGGAUGUGAGCAGGGAGCUUUUGAGCGAGGUUUUAAAGGCUCCUUGGUCACAUUUGCUUGCAGCGCGCUGGCCAGUUUUCGAGAUUCUAUCCAACCUGAGCCUUGUUCUUGGGCCAAAGGAGGAUGCUUGUACGCAGCUUUGGGUGCACGUGCCCGAUCUAGUGAAGGCUCAGUUGGGUGCUGGCACAUCCCUGGCUGCAGUGGCACUCUUGCAGAGUUUAGAGGAGUUGCCAGAGGAGCUUUGCCCACUGGCCACUGCUACAGCUACGCUAGCACUUCACAAGGCUACUUCGCAGCCAGAGCUACUGCAGCUUGCGCAGAAGCAGGCAGGUGAAAACUGGCCGACGAACUUUGUGCAGUCUGCAUGGCCAGCACUACAGCUCUUGUGGAACAUGGAGAGCCAAAUGGUGUCAGGUUGGAUCCUGCAGCAUCUUACACUGCAAGGUACUGUGGUAUACAUCAACUUCUUUCCCGAAGACAUUUCAAGGUCCCGGAUCAUCGAAAAGUCCAUAGACACCUUGCAGAAGUAUUGGUUUGAGCACAGCCGGUGGCCCAUCACCGUGUUUACUGAUUCCGCAUCAUCUAGAAAUCAGGAGCUCAGACUGCGACGCCAGUUUCCUCAGUUGGAAUUUCAGGUUGCUUUGAUAAACGAGAGCGACUUGCAAUGGCCCAUGUCUCCACACCAGUGCUCCACUGGCUACCGCCGAGCUGCACGCUUUACAGCUGGCCCCUUGUGGAUGCAUCAGGCAUUGGGCAACUUCAGCCAUGUUAUGCUCAUAGAUACAGAGUUUGAGCUGACACAUCCAGUACCAUGGGAUCCACUCCAACGUAUUUUCGAAGAGCAGGUUCAGUUGGGCUAUUGGCAGGCCCACUACGAGGGAUCCUGGAACCGCACGAUGUACCUCACAGAAGUAUCCCGGCAAUUCAUGCAGGAGCGCAACCUCAUCCCCAAGAUUCCGGAGCUUGUGAGCUACUGGUGGGAUGAGACGGAGGUGCCUGGAGGUUCCCUUCCAGUGAAUAUCUAUGGCUGCCUUUUCGCAGGGUCAAUGUCUUUCUUCCGCUCUGAGCUGUACCAAAGCUAUUUCCAGGAGCUCGACAGGUGGCCGGGUUUUGACGAGCACUGCUGGUCGCCCCAAAGCAUUCUGGCCAUCGCUGCUGCGUUCUUCCUGAGUCACAACACCGUUGCCGAGAUCUGGGUGUUUGGCAGGCAUCAGAACAGCUCAAAGACGCCAGAUGGAGGCUGGAAUGACUCUUGA